AUGGCCCCUGGGGCAGGUUACGGGCACGCCGCCCCCGGCACCGACGCGGGCAAGGCCUUCUGCAUGUUCUAUGCCGUGCUGGGCAUCCCGCUGACGCUGGUCAUGUUCCAGAGCCUGGGCGAGCGGAUGAACACCUUCGUGCGCUACCUGCUGAAACGCAUCAAGAAGUGCUGCGGCAUGCGCAACACCGACGUGUCCAUGGAGAACAUGGUGACCGUGGGCUUCUUCUCCUGCAUGGGGACGCUGUGCAUCGGGGCGGCCGCCUUCUCCCAGUGCGAGGAGUGGAGCUUCUUCCACGCCUACUAUUACUGCUUCAUCACAUUGACUACCAUUGGGUUCGGGGACUACGUGGCCCUGCAGACCAAGGGCGCCCUGCAGAAGAAGCCGCUCUACGUGGCCUUUAGCUUUAUGUACAUCCUGGUGGGGCUGACGGUCAUCGGGGCCUUCCUCAACCUGGUGGUCCUCAGGUUCUUGACCAUGAACAGCGAGGACGAGCGGCGGGACGCCGAGGAGAGGGCGUCCCUGGCCGGAAACCGCAACAGCAUGGUCAUCCACAUCCCCGAGGAGGCGCGGCAGGGCCGGCCCCGGUACAAGGCGGACGUGCCGGACCUGCACUCCGUGUGCUCUUGCACCUGCUACCGCCCGCAGGAGUACGGAGGCCGCCCGGCCGCGCAGCAGAACUCCUUCAGCGCCAAGCUCGCCCCCCAGUACUUCCACUCCAUCUCGUACAAGAUCGAGGAGAUCUCACCAAGCACAUUGAAAAACAGCCUCUUCCCCUCCCCCAUCAGCUCCGUUUCUCCCGGGUUACAUAGCUUUACCGACAGCCACAGGCUGAUGAGGCGCCGGAAGUCCAUCUAG